AUGCCUCGUUUAAUCGAACUUGAUCUUUCAUUCAAUACAAUCGAUCAUUUGGCUGAAGAUGCAUUUUCAAAAUGUCCCAAAUUACGUCAACUUGAUUUGUCUGGCAAUUAUUUAACAAAUUUCAAUGGAGCACUUCAAGAGUUACAAAAUCUUAAACGUCUCAAUUCAAGUUUUAAUAUGAUUCAAUUGCUACAAUGGGAUGAAUUUCCAGUAACAAUGACACAUCUUGAAAUGAAUAAUAAUCAAAUUACCCUACUAAGUAGUACCCAACGAUCUAGGAUACGUCAUGUACAGUUACAACGAAAUCGUAUAAUGGCUUUAACAGAUGAGCAAAUUCCGAAUACAGUGGAAUAUUUAAAUCUAAGUGAUAAUUUAAUUCAUACAAUUGAUAAUGGUACAUUUCGAAAUAAACAAUUUCUAAGCAGUUUGGAUUUACGAAAAAAUCAAUUAACAAAAUUAGAAAUAGCAGCAUUUAUGGUAGAUAGUUUAACAACUGGUCAUCCAGUAAGACUAUCUAUAGCUGAUAAUCCAUUAGACUGUAGCUGUGAAAUGGAUUGGAUUCGUAACAAUAAAGAUGAGAAAUCGCUUAUUGAUAUUAUUGAUGAUAAUCGUGCUGUUUGCUUACAUCGAAUUUAUAAUCGACGUAUUUUAUUAUCGGAAGUUAGGAAGGAUGAUUUACUCUGUAGCUAUAAACAAGUCUGUGAGCCAAAUUGCAUUUGCUGUCAGUAUGGUAAUUGUGAUUGCAAAUCAAAAUGUCCUGAUGGUUGUCACUGUUAUUAUGAUGUCACAUAUACCAUAAAUAUUGUACGCUGUACAGCAUUACAAUCGGAAGAUCGUAAUAACUUUUCACCAAAAGAUAUACCAAUGUAUGCUACACAUAUUUAUUUGGAACAUAUGGAAAUUCCUGUGGUACGAAGUCAUGAUUUCCUGGGACGUACACGCCUUUUGCACCUUCAUCUUAAUCACUCAUCAAUACGGGAAAUACAACCUUUAGCAUUUAAUACAUUACCAUCAUUACAGUUAUUAGAUCUCUCUGGAAAUUAUUUGAUACGAUUGACUGGUGAUGAACUAUAUCGAACGAAUAAAAUAACAACCUUAUUGCUUCAUAACAAUCAUUUAAUGUCACUUGAUGAUCGGCUCAAUGAAGUGAUGCCAAAACUAAAAACUAUUACUUUACAUAAUAACAGAUUACAGGAUUUACCUCUAUCCAUCGAACAAUAUGGUAAACAGAUUACGGAUAUCACGCUAGGCUCUAAUUUCUUUCGUUGUGAUUGCUCGCCACGUUUUCGUAUACAAUUUUGGUUUUCACGUAAUUUAGAUUUGAUACAUGACGUAUCAGAUAUUUUUUGCGUUGAAAAUAUUAGUCAUGCAAUUCGUGAGAAUGAUACAACAAUUCUUAGUGCUUAUUCACCAAAUUUUGGCGAUGAUAUCUUUAAAAUACCAAUGGCACAAUUUAUUGCUACUGCUAAUACGACAAUUUGUGCACCUACCGCAAGCGGUGUUUUUGGUAACGAAGGGACAACAAAUUCAUUCCUUAUCAUUACAGUACUGUUUGCUGUAGCAUUAAUAACAACCGGUUUGGUACUUCUGGUUGUGUUGUUUCUUCGAAAGACAAAAUCAGCAAUAGUACAACGAAGGUAUAAGGUACCACCAUCAUUUACCGGUACACAUACUACACCUGGUUCCAGUCCAUUACCACUGAUCCAUUUCGAUGCUUUCAUUAGUUAUUCCAAAAAAGAUGAAAAACUUAUCAUCGAUACCCUAUACAGGCAACUCGAAUCUGAAGAGUAUAUUUUAUGCCUGUUACAUCGAGAUGGUCCAAAUUAUAGUUCGCGGGUACAUACAAUAUCUGAUGAACUUAUCAAUCAAAUGGAAUGUGCUCAAUCCCUUAUACUUGUUCUAACUCAACAUUUCUUAGAUAACGAAUGGAAAACAUUACAGAUUAAAACAUCUCAUCAAAUUUUUGCUAAAAAUCGUCAUAAAAAAUUAAUUGCAUUACUUGGUGAUGGUAUUGAAGCUAAUCAAUUGGAUGCUGAAUUAGGUCAAAUUUUACGGAAAAAUACGUGUAUACGAAUGAAUGAUCCGUUAUUCUGGAAUCUAUUACAUUCAGCUUUACCCAUUCGAAUAGCACCGUCAUCCUGUAGCGGUGGCUCAUCACAGAUUUAUUCCGAUUGUUACGGUAGUAUUGUGCCUAGUGAUAUUGUUUAA